AAACGCCUCCCUUCCUUCUUCAGCGGCAGAGCACAGUGUGAGUCGAGUUUAUUGCUCCACACAGCUGGGAAAAUGUUUCAAAUGGGCCCAAAAAUCAUCUUAUUGCUUCUCCUUGCUUUCCCGGCUGCCCUCAUCGGCUCAGUAGGGACAGUAUCUGCUCAGGAGCAAGACGAGGAUGUGACCCCAGACUCUACUGUGGAGGAGGAAGAUGAAGAGGAGGAGGAUGAGGAGGCAGUGACUGAUGAAGCUAGUGUCACAGAAACAGAGAAUGAGGACCUACAAGAUGACUCGGCCGCAGCAGAAGCUACCUCCCAUCCUGAUGCUGACACCACCAUCGUCUUUGUGACUGGAGAAGAGUUCCCAGCCAAUCAGAUUGUGAAGUUCCUGGUGGGCCUCACCAAUAAGGGCAGCGAGGACUUCACUGUGCAGUCACUGGAAGUUUCCUUCCGCUACCCCCAGGAUUUCCAGUUCUACAUCCAGAAUUUCACAGCCCUGCCUCUGAGCACCGUGGUGCAGCCAGAGAAACAAGCCACCUUUGAGUAUUCCUUCAUCCCUGCCGAGCCCAUGGCUGGACGCCCCUUCGGACUGGUCAUCGAGCUCCACUACCAGGACAGCAAUGGAAAUGUGUACCAAGAUGCCGUCUUCAAUCAGACUGUCACUAUCGUCGAGCUGGACCAGGGGCUGGACGGAGAAACCGUGUUCCUGUACGUGUUCCUCACUGGACUUGUGAUGCUGGUUCUCGUUGGAAUUUACCAGGUUCUGGAAUCACGAACGAGGAAGAGGUCAGCGGUGAAGGUGGAGACGGGUACAGGGACCAUGAAUGACGUGGAUAUCAGCUGGAUCCCACAGGAGACUCUCAAUGUCAUGAACAGGGCAUCCCCGAAAGCUUCUCCCAGGAAACGCACCAAGAGAGCAGUCGGCACCGACCAGUAACCCCCCCCCCCCCACCACCCCCUCCUCGGGACCCUGGAUGUGGAGGCAGACGCCCCUGAAUCCAGAGUCUGUCCACACCCCCUCAUGGGACUUCACCUCCAGAACUCUCUGGACAGAGUUGCAGCCUGCACAGCCCCAGCAGCUCUCUCGUGUUCUUAUAUUCAAUUGAGACGCACAGUCUGUGCAUACAAGGAGUAUUGAUUGAUAGCUGGCAAACCCCUUGAGCUGUACUAAACAGGCACACCCAUUUAAAACUCUCAUAACAAUCCAAGAAACUAGAGACAAAGGUAUUGUAAAACUCGUUGGUGGAAGCUGACAAGUUUAUUCAAGUUUCUUCAAGUUUUUCCACUUUUUUUAUGACUGGUAUGAAACAACUUUGCUGCAUUCAGAAACCAUAAAAUUAACAUUGAGGUUUCUACUGUGAAACUAAAAAAUUCACAAAUAGAAGCACUGAAAACCAGUUUAGUAAAUCUGGCCCGUCUUGCUAAAGAUCUGCUCUGGAUUGAGAUUGCCAUGUGGUUGGUCCCUUUCAAUUCUGACCUGAACAUUUCACUGUACAAUAUGGACAUUUGUGUAUCUACAUAAAAUACACCUGCAGUGUAUACACACACACACACACACACACACACACACAGUUACACACACGACUGGCAAUGUGUCCCUUGUAUUGGAAACCAUUUGUACCCAUCAUUGUCCUGUGGGUUUGUUCUUUUCUUUUGGUUUGAUAUUUUAAUUUUAGAUCUGCAACAGCAGUUUUAAAAAAAGACUAAACCUGUAUUGUAUUAGACCUUUAGUCUAUCUGUAGCACUGUUACAGAGGAGGCAGCUAUACACACUGUAAAUACUGGUCAUGUUGCUGUUACACUAGGCUAUAGAGUCCUGACCUUCACAUUACAGCUGGCCUGGACUGGUCAGUCUAAUUGACAGACUUACCCAACAAAACUGAGUGAGAUCUGUGUUUUAUAAAGCACCUGAAUCUGAAGCGAGUCUGGAUCAAUAAAGCUGUGAUUUCACUGCCUGAUUGUUAAGAUCUUAAUCUCCCGACCCAUCGGUGUGAUGGUGUUAGUUGAGCAAUGCAGUUCAGUUCAUCACUAUGUACAGUCCCAUGCUGGAGUGUUGGUGCUCACUUGAGUGAAUGUUUGCUUGUUAAGUGAGCACCAGUGCUCAAGGUUGUCACUGAAUAUGGUUGUAAAUGAAUUCCAAUUUGAUGCAAGAUAGAGGUUUUUUUUUUUUUUUGUCUGGUACGGUAAUGGACACAAUAAAAUUUUAUAUAUAAAAAAAAUUGUGUUAAUUUUUUUUUUUACAAAACAAUAAAGUCAGUAUGUUUAGCACAUAUUGGGCCAUAUAAAAAAAAUAUGAAGAGAUUUUCAGAUUAUAAACAGUAACUAACUGCACAUGCUGUGAUGUCAACACAGUGAUGUCAUUUGACAUCUUGGUGGCUGCUUAUGACAUCAUAAUAGCCAUGUCCAGAUACACACAUGCUGUAAUUGUAUCAUCCUUAACAAUCAAACAUGCAUUAGUGCUGAAGUCUUUAUCGAUGUCAUUGAAUGUCUGUUUCUUUUGGCAUUUCUAUGCUCUACUUUUUCAUUUGUAUUCAGUUUCUAUAAUGGGUGCUAUGCCUUUUAAUCAUAAAUUGUGUGCAUGGUUAUUUUUUCCUUUGUUCUGAAGAUAUUAAAAGUCUUAUCACUUUCUAAUAAAACACUUUUAGUUGUUGAAGUAUUUUAAAAGAAUCAAAGCUAAUAAACUAAUUCAUUAAUUACUUUGAAA